AUGAAUGAUGUGAAUACCUGUGAAAUUAUUUUAUGGUCCGAACAAGCAGCAAAAAUAAUGAAACCUCUCUUUUAUAUAUGUAUUAUAGCAACAAUCGUUCAUGUUCUUUUUUGGAUUCAACUAGUUGCAUUUCCAACGGUUCCUCGAUGGUCAAUGCAAUGGUUGUAUGCUUAUUUAACUACUGAUUUAUUAUUAUUAGUUCGAUUCUUUUUACUCUACAUUUAUCGUUGGUGGCCAAUAUGUGUACCACGUCUUUUUCAUACCAUCAUUUGUUAUGGUGAAGCCAUCUUUGAUAAUUAUCUAAAUCUUUUGCAGAGUUAUAUUCUUUUGACAUUGAACAUCUGUCGAUAUUUACAGAUUGCUCACAACCAUAAUGUUUACUCAUCAAAUCGUCGUACAAUAAUGCUUGUUCAUUUUCUUAUUUAUUUUUUACCAUUAUUCAGUCAUAUAAUAGCAGUUAAAUUCGGUUGGACCAUACUUCAAAAUCCACCAGGUGAUGUAUGUGAUUUAUUGCCUAUUUCAUUUGCUAUUAAGAUCAUAUUUCUUCUCCUAUCCUAUUUUAUACCAGUUUCGCUUACAUUAGUAUUUCUUUCACUCAGUCUCAAUUAUGUUCGUAAUACAGAUGGUAUUAGAACACAACAAAUAGUCGAUGCAAGACAGAAAUAUCAUCGUCAAUUAGUGAUACAAUCAAGUGUAUUUUAUUCGCUUUGGAUUUUAUUAUGGUCGCCACAUAUUCUUGUCUUUCCAUUCUAUUACAAGAAUAGUACAAUUGGCACUAUCGCACAAAAAUUAAAUUAUAUUAGUAUAACGUUGGAUCCUAUAAUAAUAGCUGCACUUGAUGUAAGGUUUCUACAAGGAUGGCGAUUGACAGGUGGUUAUUUGAAAAAAUAUGUGAAACGACGACAAUCGAUACGAGUUCCAGUGAUGUUAUCGGUAAAUUCUUUCGAUCAAGCUAUUGAAAUAAAUGACGAAAAUAAAUAA